CUUAAUAUGUAAAUGUAAGAAAUGUAAUGUAAAUGUACUUUAUUAUCCAAUGCAGCUAAAGGCCAAUCUCUAUGAAUCACUGAGGAUUAAAUUACAGAUGAUGGAAGUUAACAUUUCCUUAAACGGGAUCUUUCUGCUGGCUGCUCUUCAAGGUUGGUUCCCAGGAUCAGAGUGUCAGGAUUAUUACGCUUACCUCCCACAGUACAUGAAAGCACUGAAGGGAUCCUGUGUGGAGAUCCCCUGCAAAUUCAAUAUGGAGACUACAGACUUCCAACUGGUUUGGUACAUGGAUGAAUAUGGAUCUGACCCCCAAAUCUUCAAUAAUAAAAACCCAUCCAAUAUAAUUGAAUCAUUUAGAGAUAGAACUUUCCAGGUGGAGAAUAAGUCAAACAGCUGCUCCUUGAGGAUUGAUGAUGUGAGACACAGUGAAACGUAUUAUCCGUGUAUAAAUGGGAAUAUAAACUGUAAUCUGGUCAAAGGAUAUAAUAAAGUCCAGGUUCAGGUCUCAGAUACCCAAGAUAAGCCAGUACUAAAGUUGCCCACCAAUCUGACUGAAGAUAAACCUGCCCGUAUCACCUGCUCUGUACAACACACCUGUACCCACAAUCCCCCUGUACUUGAAUGGAACAAAGUAGGCUUCAAUAAAAGAGAGUGGAGAGAAGAACUUGAGGAAGGAGUCUGGAGAUUUGUACAUGAAAUGGAUUAUAUCCCGACCUAUCAGGAUCAUGGCUCUCCCAUUAUUUGCAAAUCUAAAUAUCGAUCAGGACAAGUCUCACAAGAAACAGUCACCUUAGAUAUUACAUAUCCUCCAAAAGAUGUUGUGAUUACUAAACUUGAUGAUAUGAAGAAAAUAAAAGAAGGAGAACAAGUGACUUUACAAUGCAACAGCAAUGCCAACCCUCCUGCUCAGUAUUAUACCUGGUACUGCAUUAAGAGAGAAGGGAAGGAGGAGCUAAAAGAACACGGCGAGAAGAUAACUGUGACUAUAAACUGGGAGAAUGCGAAGUAUUCCUGCUCUGCAAGGAACAAGUUGGGAAAAGAUGAAUCUACCAUAAAGGAUCUGCGCUUGUUCUUGUAUGCCAAAGUUGUCCAAAUGGGAGGAAAACAAACGUUCAUAGGAGACGUUCUGAAGCUUGAAUGCCUCUUCUUAAUGGGCAGCCCAUCAUCAACCCAGUACAGCUGGUAUAGGAAUGGAAUUUCCUUUAACAAUGAGACACAGAGAACACUGACAAUAUUCAAUGUUAAGGAAUUUCAUUCUGGGAACUACAGCUGUAAUGUGCACUUCCAGGAUGGAAAUUUCUCUUCCCUAAUACUUACUGUUACAGUCACACAGGCAGUUUCUGGUAACAUCUUCAUUCCGUUGAUUGCUUUACUCAUUUUCCCGAUUUUUUGCUGUAUUUUUAGAACAAAACGUCACCACAGAAGCAAAAAUAUGGAAUCAGAGGUUCGUGAAGCCACCUACACUGACUUAAUUCAGAGAGACGCAUCUGCAGAAUAUUCUGAAUUUGAGGUUGCUGAGACUACAGACAAUCCCUACGCUGCAUUACAGAAGCCCAACACUGACACAUAUGAGGAAAUCAAGCCCCCACGUGGCCAGCACCACAAAUAGCAUGAAAGAAAAUUGAGGGAGUUUCAGAUAUCUACAGUAUUAUGUGGAGAAAGUGAAGAUUCAAUGGAAGGAGAAGACUCUAAUGAUCAAAACCUUGUUUCUAAUCAUUGGGCAGUAACAAUGUAAAAUGCACUGGUACCUGAUCAAUUGGCUCUUUUGUUUUAUUAUUUGUUUUAUUAUUUCUUUUAUUAAGAGUUGUAGAUUCAAAA